UUUCAAAGAAAUAAAAACCCAAAAGGGAGAAAGAAUUAUUGACAGCUCACAAACUACUUAUUGACAGCAGAAUUCUGUCCUCAAAGAUCAAACAACUGACCAAAUUACCAAUCCAACAAUGCCAAUUCAUACUUUCCUCCAUGAUUUUCCACUAUUCAUUUCAAUUUGAUUCAAUUCUUCAAUCCCACUUCCCACUUCAGCUUUUCAAUCUUUCACAAAAUUCAUUACUUCCAGAAUUUCAAGUUUGGAAUCCCAAAAAGCUACAAGAUUUAAGCUACCAAUAUUGUGGAAGAAGAUCUCGAAAAGUUUUUUCCUCUCUGGAAAAUUGCUUUUCUUCAGCUCCUUCUCCGAUUUUGACACUGUUCUUACCGCUUUUUGGAGGGAAUUAGGGUUAGGGUUUUCUGGAAGAAAAAAAAUUAGACAAAAGGGUGUUGCUCUGUUAGUGUGGUCGUCAUGGGUGAUGAGAAAUCGGCUAUUGCCAUGGCGAGCAGAGAACGAGAUCGAGAGCUUCUUAUUCCCGUUGCGGAGUCCGCUAUUGAUGAGGCAUCCGCUAAACCUUCGUCGUCUUCCUCCUCUUCUCAUCAUUCUGGCAGAGAGACAUUUUACAAGGUUGUUAGAAGCUGGGCCUCUAAGAAGUUCAUGACUGGAUGUGUCAUCCUAUUUCCUAUAGCAAUUACAUUCUACAUAACGUGGUGGUUUAUUCGUUUUGUGGAUGGAUUCUUCUCUCCAAUCUAUGCACAUCUUGGAAUUAAUAUCUUUGGUCUUGGAUUUGUAACUUCCAUUACAUUCAUCUUCCUGGUCGGUGUGUUUAUGUCAUCUUGGUUGGGAGCAUCUGUUCUGGGCCUUGGGGAGUGGUUUAUCAAGAGGAUGCCAUUUGUGCGUCAUAUCUACAAUGCUUCUAAGCAAAUUAGUUCUGCAAUAUCGUCAGACCAAAACUCACAGGCCUUCAAGGAAGUAGCUAUCAUAAGACAUCCUCGUAUUGGUGAAUAUGCAUUUGGUUUCAUCACUUCGUCUGUAGUUCUCCAGAGCUAUUCUGGGGAGGAGGAGCUAUGCUGUGUCUAUGUUCCAACGAACCAUCUCUAUAUUGGAGACGUUUUCUUGGUUCAUACCAAAGAUGUUAUUAGACCAAAUUUAUCAGUUCGAGAAGGAAUUGAAAUCGUCGUCUCGGGAGGAAUGUCAAUGCCCCAGAUACUUUCAACCAUGAAUUCCGAGAUUAUGACCAUAGACAGAAGUAGACUUGAAAGAAGUUAAGAAUUGGGAUAUUAGGUUAUUAGUAGCAGCAGCAUCUGCAUAUCUUCUUCUUCACCUUCGGAUUUGAACCAACCACGCUACAACCAUCAUCUGGGUAAGCGUAAGUGCAAGGCCGAGAUUGUUGCAUCCCAGUGGUUAAUUUCAUGGCAGUGUGAUUUGCGAACUGAGUUUACCUUGUGAGAGUCUCUAUCAUUUUGAUAGUUCAAUAUAGUUUAGUUAAUUGCAUGGUCUUGAGAGGACUUCUGAAGGGUUUGAUUUCUUUGUCAUUGCUUGCUCUUCUUUACUAAAAUCAGUUCAUUUAUAUUGAUUCAUGAAAUAGUUUUGUACAUGUUCGUGUUAAAGAUUCAUAAAAAAAAUAUCAUUUAACAUCAAUUCUUGUUGAGUUGAUUUUGUGGUGUGUUGUUUUAUCCUGUAGAUGAGAGGUUCGAUCUUCCCCAUUCCCACAACCAUUGUACUGAAAAAACCAUGUCAUCAUGAUAUGUUUGGUUGGUGGUAGUGGAACUAUUCUUUUGUUAUUUAAA